GGCAUCACACAGAAGCAGUGAAUCCAGUGCUCAGUGUUCUAAAGACAGUGACCAGAAUUCACCAAACAUGAUUUGUCUGCAAAACUGUGUGAUUACAUGUAAGGGUUAUCAUGUGUACAAAAUCAGGCCACUAGUGACAAACCUACCAACAAAGCUUUUGGUGGAAAGAUAGUAUACAUGACUACUGUGCUUGUUUGGUUUGGGUUCCAGAGCUGGACUGUUUUGAUGCAGGGUUGCAUGGUAUGUUAACCGAUGAAAAACGACGACUCUAUCUCACUGACAUUUGCCGGUUUGCCUGUUGGCCAUGUGCCAAGAGAGUAUGCACCUUUUGUAAGGAAUGUUUUAGAUGCUGGUGGAAAUGUGUAUGCUGAGACAUGAUCAUGAUUGCGUUUGGGCUGCUGUGUCUGACGUUUGCCUUCCUAGUAUCGUUGCUAGGAACGAUGAUACUCACGUUGGCCUAUGUGUUGUUCGGAGUUUUGGGAGGACCGUUGCUGGGGAUAUUUUGCCUUGGAAUGUUGUUUCCCUGGGCUAAUAAAUGGGGUGGUUUUGCAGGUCUGGCGAGCAGUCUAUCUUUUCUGAUCUGGAUUGGACUUGGCCAAGCUAUCACCGGAACCAGCGUUGUGAUCACGCCCCCGGUAGAGUCUGUCGGCUGCAACUGGACCGCUAUUAACAAACCGACCCCAUCCACUCUGAUACCGACCACCACGCCGGAUUUUGCGCAUCCCGUCACUUCGGACUACGAUAAAUACGAUGGAAUCAACCGCCUUUACACGGUGUCCUACAUGUGGUACAGUGCAAUUGCCGUGCUCACUUGCGUCGUUAUCGGCCUUCUCGUCAGCAUUAUCACUGGUAUUCGGGAUCCGAAGGAGCUGGACCCUAAGCUGGUAUGUCCGUUUUUCGACAUUUUCUGUCCCUACCUGCCAGAGACGAUGCGCAGGCCACUGAGGUUCGGGGUCAGACACGGGGAGGAGGUACCAGAAGAGGUCACAUCGGAGAAGCGACGCGAGCGGCUCGCCAGUCUUCAUUUAAACGAUGAUAUAGGGAAGCGAGCGUCAAAAGACUCCGAUAAAGCCGACAGCGUCAAUAUAGUCAAUGGCACGCCAGGGGAGAAAUUCGAAGGGGUCGAGAACAAUGGGUACGAACCGCAAGGUUACGAGAUCGGCAAUGGUUCGACACGAUAUCAGACGCGUCUAUAAAUCCUCUUAUAGUUUCGCUUAACCAUUGUCAUAAAGUACAACUAUUCGAGAAGCCUUUUUGGUUUAUCCAGACAUUAAGAGAUAUCAAUCAUACUGUCUCAGUCCACAUAUGAUUUUGUUACAUUUUUACAUAUGUCCUUAUGUGUAAUAAUAAGUUUGACAAUGUAACCUAUCCCAUCGCUAAAAUUAACUAAUUACCUCGGCAAUAACAUUUUGGCCAUUUGUUAUUGUUUAUCGUAUGGUAAGCAUGUUAUGCAUCUGGAGUAAAUCAAAUUAUAUAUAAUCUAUGUUUAAUAAGCGUCUACCAAUAUUCUAUGUUUUGUAUUCACACGCACUGGAAAAAUAUAAUUAAGUGUUAUUAAUUCAAACCAUAUUUUCAUUUUAAAAAGUCAUUAACUUACAUUAGAUACGAUGCUCUUUUAAAAUGCAUUGAUUUGUUUUCGUUGGACUGGGGCUUUUAGAGAUGGCACCCUGCAGAGGUUUCACUGAAUCAAAAAGUUGUCUCCACCAAGUUUCGUGGCUUGGAAAUGUGGAGCCCAUGUUUGCCCAUAAUCAUAUUAUGGUGCCACAAUGGUAAUGCCGGGCAAUACGAAACAAGCAUAUUUGUAUCAGAGUUUAUUGAAUGCAAUAACCAGUUUGCGCAGGUUAUAAUUAUCAUGUUUCUUAAUUAUAAUCAGAAUGAAUAUGAAAUUAUUGAAACGUACACAUUACUUAUUUGUUUAAUAAAUUCAUAUUUUGUGAUUGCGUUUAUGACAAUAUAGCGGGCAUAAAACACCACUAUGCAUUACAAUGAAAAUGGCUAGUCAUGUGCUUUAAUUAGUACUCGUGUAAUUAGAAUGUAUGUGUUGUACACAGCGCCAUUUCAAAGGCUCUGAAAACAUUUUGUAAUAUGUUCAAUGUAAGUGAAUGUUAUUAUCUGCUUUGUAAUUUUUAAGAAGGGUAACCCAGUAUGAUAGCAAAUACAUGUUU